GCUCUCCGCUGACAGCACGGAUGUGAUGUAGCAACUGUAUGAAGCAACUGCUUUCACUUAUCGGAAGUUUAAACCGUGUAUUAGUCGACUGGAAAUCACGUUUAAUCGUUAAACGUUUGAUAUUUUGCCUUAUUUUGCUGUUAAUGGCUUACUCGGGAUACGGCGGGCAGUACGGUGUUCCAAUGGCAGGUCAACCAAUGCAUGGAGGAUAUCCUGCUCCUCAAAACUACGGUGUUCCAAUGGCAGGCCAACCAAUGCAUGGCGGAUAUCCUUCUCCUCAUCAUGGUGCCCAGCCAAUGGUUGGUGACCAAAUGUGGGGUUACUUUUCAGCAGUGGCAGGCCAUGAUGGUGAGGUUGAUGCAGACGAGCUGCAGAGGUGUCUAACUCAGGCCGGAUUCACUGGUACCUACACUCCAUUCAAUUUGGAAACGUGCAGGAUCAUGAUCGCGAUGCUUGACAGAGAUUAUUCUGGCAAGAUGGGUUUCAAUGAGUUCAAGGAACUGUUUACAGCUCUUAAUGGCUGGAAGCAGAACUUCAUAAUGGUUGACCACGACAGGAGCGGAACCGUUGAACCUCACGAAUUGUCUCAGGCAAUCAACAAUAUGGGAUACCGCCUCAGUCCGCAGGCGCUGAAUAUAAUCAUCAAGCAUUACAGCAGAAAUGGCAAAAUCUCCUUUGAUGACUAUGUGGCCUGUUGCGUCAAACUGCGAACUCUUACAGACCAGUUCAGAAGUAGAGAUACUAUGCAGCAGGGAUCUGUGACCUUCCAUUAUGAUGAUUUCAUCCAGUGCACAAUGGCCAUCUAGGUGCUGCUGACACACCACAGUGUUGGAGGGUAUAACCCACUUUGGACCACUGCUUCACUGAGUGGCCACGAGCCAUCAGGGAAGAGCUUAUUGCAUUGUACACUCUGUGCUAAAAUAAUGGCCGGUGU